AUGGAACCUCAAACGAAAGACCCCGACCCCCUACCGCGUCUGGUGCACAUAGGCGAAAUACAGUUCAACCUGGGCGAAGUGACCACGGGCGGAGUGACGCCGCGAGGAACUUUCAUUUUCUGCCCCAUAACUGGCGGACACUUUACCACCGUCUUUCCAUUACCGGACGGAUUCGGCAUUCACUCAGAGGCAAUCGAAGGUCUGAGGGCAGAGGUGCUUCCAGGUGGCGGCGAUUAUCCGCUGAUACAUAACAAUGAACUUGCGGAACUGAAUGUCAGCGUCGUCGCCAAAGGUCUCAACAACGAUCAUAUAUUCCGUAUCACCUCUUUCGGUAUAUGCGAAUGGAACAAACUCAUAUUCGAUAUGAUGGGCCAGACAGCCGCCGCACGCUCGACGGAGAUGGGGGAAAUCAACGCAUGGCAGGUUUUUCGUAUCAACACUGAUAGCCCGGAGUAUGCCUGGCUAAACUGGGCAUGCAUCAUUGGGCAGGAGAGACUGAUUUACGAAGACAGUCGCAUGGCUAAGACUCACAUGAAAUUGUUCCAGUUUCUGGUAAAAUAG